AUGCCCAUUCGCACUCGUACGACGACCGACUUCUUCGAAAAGGAGAAAGCAAAGGAGGACCUAGCACUACAAGCACCACCGCAGCAGCCCGUAUCUCUCGGUUCAGCUACCAAGCCCGUCCACUGGAAGAGGGCUCAGAAGCCACAGCGAGCGCCGCUAGAGCGUCCAGCACACUCCAUCGAGCAAAGGAAGCCCGUAGCACCAGUCGUAGACGGCAGCGACUCGUUCCUCGGCGUCUUCUUACCACGACCAUCGGUCAAUCUCACCCGCUCGAGCUACAGCGAUCUCCGUGCGAGGGACGCGCAAGCUACUCAGUCCUUCAAGCGGCCGACCACUCCAAAGAGCUCGCACGCCGGUAAAGCACACAGCAGUAGGGCAGCCUCCGAUCUAUUCGAAGACGGUCUAGCGCCAGACUUUGAGCCAAUCGAGCUCGUAUCUGUCGCUCUCCUCUUUCCGGACGACGCCUCUAUACGCAAGGGCACCUCUACACCUGCACCAGCACCAGCACUUCCCCCGGCUGACGACGGAGCUUUGGUAGUUACAGCAACUGGUACUGAGGUCUCGACUAGCCUCGCCCCUCCUCUCACACCGAGCAAGCGCAAGUCAUCCGGCUUCGGUCUUCGCAUCCCAUCGCGACUCUCCUUCCGCAGCACAACCGAAUCUCGCCCAGAGACACCUCUCAGUCCUCUCCCUUCCCUCCCAUCCUCGCGCAAGCUCGACAGUUCAGCACUUGCUGACGACGACGACCUCGACACCGAGCUCCUGCCCCCACGCCCAGGCUUCCUCCGAGAGAGCGGCAGCCCCAAGAAACGCAAUCGCGCCUCGUCCAACGCAGGUGACACAACCGUAAGCGGACGCCCAGCCAGCACCGUCAGCUCGCGCUUCCAUCGCGCACCACCACCUCCACCCGCCGUACCCGCCGCCGACGCCGACGGCUUCGUACCCAAGAUGGCGACGAUGCUCACUCGCUUCUCCUCUCGCCAGAUGGGCGACCACAAGUGCAAGCGCGGCUACCCCAUCGCCGUCUUCUGCGGCGCCCAGUCCAUGGACGUGGGUUCCAUCACCAACCCCAAGAUCGAAGGCGCCUAUACCCUCUUCUUCGGCCCCGGUCAUCCAGGCAACGCCCAGCAGACCAUGACCGACAGCGAGAAGCGACCUUCCCACCUGCAUCACCCUAAGCCAGCCACCACGUCCAGUACGGCACGUCGCGCUGAGCUCAUUGCGGCUACCCGUGCUCUGCAGGCUAUUCACGACCUAUACCAGGGCAAGUCGUGCGCCCACAUUUGCAUGGACUCCCCUUACGUCGCGAAAGCGUGGGGUAGCUGGAUUCCCCAAUGGGAGGAGGACGGCUGGCCCGGUGACGAGCACAUCAGCAAGCGCAAGAAGGACUCGGGCUACCAAGGCUCCGGUGACUACUCCGGCUCGGACGAGGUGCCGCGCAAGCGCAGCAGCAAGCGACUUGCCGACGAGGAUCUGCUUCGCGAGCUCGCAGCCAUUCGUCGCCUCUACGCCCGUGCGGAGCGUAAAGGGACAGGAGCCGCCCACCUGUACCUCAUCGACCGCAAUGCCAACCCGGCAAGCAAGACGGCGCGCAUCGUACUGGAGAACGCGAGGGCGCAAGAAUUUAACAGCCCUACUCAGAGCCCCGGUGAGAGUCGGCGCGACUCCUUCAUCAGCUCGAGGCCUAGCAUGAGCAUGCCCCCCACCAGCCCGGGGAGGAAUAGCCGUCUGUCAAUGACCGCCAGCAGGAGGAGCGUGACCCGCGACUCGAUGUAUGAAGACGAUGGGCGCGGGUCGCGUCGCUCAAACUCACGGGCUUCAAAUGGUCGUUCGAGGGCGAUGAGCCACUUGAGGCCGGCGCCGCCUGUCCCUGUACAGGAGGAGGCGGAGAGCGAUCUGCGCGAUGGGAAUGAGGAGAUGGCUGCCCCUCGCGUUGCCAAGUCGCCGUCCAAGAAGGUCAGCAAGCGCAAGGUCGCUGCAGCGGCUGCUGUUCCCGCCGCUGCUACCAUGGCUGCUGUUGAGCGACCCGCCAGCAUCAAGAGCGCCGCCUCCGCCGUGACGGCCUUGAGCGACCACGAGGACGAGGCAGUGCCCACCAAGACGACCGCUGUGGUGGAGCCCGUCGAGCCCGCAGAGCCCACACCCGUAGCUCAGGUCGCUGCACCUGCCCUCGCCACCCUCCCCAAGGUCGACGCCAAAAAGCAUGACGAAGUGGUAACAGAGACACUGUCCGCCAAGUCCUCCCCUGUGGACACUAACACCGCCGCCGCCGCCACGGCCGAGGACGGAGCGGGCAAGAAUGACGGAUUCCUCGCAAACGCAGCAGCUACCGCCGCCGCCUUCGUUGCGGGUGUCGCCGGUGUGGGUGGUGCGGCCGCCAAGUCCGACGAGCCUAGCAAGGCUGCUGUGCAAGAAGAGCUGGAGAAGGUGCAAGAGCCUCCCGAGGCUGCCGUGCCUGAGGAGCCUGGUGUCCAGGCGCGCGAGGCUGCCCAGGCUGAGCCUGUAGAGGUCAAGGACCCGGGAGUCGCUGUGCCCGAGGAGCCGGAAGUGGUGCUAGCGCCUGCUGCCGUUCUCACGCCCAAGAAGAAGAGCAAGAAGGUCAAAUCGCCAGUCACUGCCGCUGCCGCGGACGACGAGGUCGUUACGCCCAGCAAGACGAAAUCGGUCAAGAAGUCGGCUAGUUCGGCACGCAAGCCCAAGCUAGCAAACGCGGUAGUCGACCCUGUCCCCUCGGGCUCGUCACCCACUCGUUCGCCCACCCGUUCGCCUACGAGGGCAAGGAAGGAGAAGGUGGCCGAUCUGCCUGCCUCUCCCUCUCCAGCGCCUGCGCCUGUGGCUGCUGCUCCCGCCGCUACACCUGCCGCCGCCGCCGCCGCGGCGCCUUCACCGGAUAAGUCUGGCCGCCUCAUCAACUACAGCAAGCGCAACUCGCUCAUGAAGAAGAAGCAGCAGGACGCCGAUGCAUCAGCCUCGUCCGGAGGGGCGCCCGUUCUCGCUGCCCUGCCCGUCACGCCGGCGCUUGAUACCACCUUCGAGGAGCCUACCACUGCUGCAGCUGCCGCUGACAAGGUCUCGGAUGCCCCACCCCUUGCAGAGGAGGAGAGCGAAGUGGCCUCGCCUGCCCCUGCUACUGGCACUGGCGCUGAAGCCUUCCCAGUAGCAGCAGCGGCAGAGAAGGAGAGGGAAUCGGCCAUCCCCGCAGGCUACCCAAAGCCCCUGGCCAGGCGUAAUGGCUCAGCGUCCGAGGUGCCUACGAAGACGGUCAAGAAGCGGCAGAGCAUGCCUGCCGCGAGGGAUCGAGCCAGCAAAGACAUGAGCGAUCGCACCAGCCUCAAGUCGUCGACUAGCUCAGUCGGCCGAAGAUUUAGGACAUUGAGCAGCUUCUCCCGCUCGGGAGGCAAUAAAGGGUUGAGCGCCGCGCCCGAGGAGGAGGAGGCGGUUCCCGUGACUGGGACGGACAAGAAGACGAAGCGCAAGACGAUGAAGUGGUUCCAGCGCAAGGACGAGGAUAUCCCACCCGUUCCUGUGCAGACGACGCCGGCGGUUGAGAAGAAGGUCAAGCCUGCUGCUACUCCCGUCGAGGAGGAGGAGGAGGAAGAAGAAGCCGCAGCAACCGAGUCACUCCUUGAUGAGGAGAGCGAGGCCGCUGCCGUCGCCCCCGUCAAGACGAACGGUAAUGGCGCGACUCGUCGACCGACGCAUCGUCGUCAGCCCACUGAGCAGUCCGUCUUCGAAGAUGACGACGAGGACGAGGAGAACGAUGUGGCGGCUGUCGCUCCCACCAAGACCACGGGCGGUGCUGCUGCGACACCUGCUUCGCCCAACGGUGCUGGAGCAGGAGGAGGGGUCAAGAGUCGCAUGUCUCGUCUGAGCAUGAGGUCCAACUCUGCGCCCAAGCCGCCGAAGCCAGCCAAGGUGAAAGAGCCUAAGCCCGUCAAGGUCAAGCCUGUCAAGGAGCCUAAGGAGCCUUUCAGUCUCAAGAGGAGCGUGGGCAAGAUUCUGACUAUGGAGUAG